UAAAGAUUUUUUUUCCUAUUUGACGUCACUUCGACCCAAAUAAAGAAUCGAGAAUCUCUUUCUUCUUCACACACAUGCCGCCCAAGAAAACAACUGCAUCCGUAUCAAAGCCUUCAGAAUUAGCAACCCUGAACAAAAAGGCUGGGAAUGCUCACGCUGAAUCUCUUCUUGCUCUCCCAAAGGUUCUCACCAGAAUCGUGCAUUUCCUCCCAAAAAAGGAUCUGCCAAAUGUCUGUCGAGCCUCACGUUUAUUUCAUUCUGUUGCUAUUCCAGAGUUAUGGCAUACUGUGUAUGUGAACGAUAAUACUUAUGACGACGAUUUCUACGACGACGAAGAAGAAGAAGAAGAAGAAGAAGAACAAGAACAAACCCAGGCAAAUAACAAAGGAAAGCAAAGUAAAUCAUCGCCUGAGGAGCGUAGCAAGAAUCUUCGUUUGGGACUCGUUCGCUAUGGUCGCUUUGUCAAGAACCUUAUCAUCAGCCCCCAAGCCGGAGACAUCGAGCUGAUCGCAAAGAAUUGUACCCGUCUUGAGUCCUUGGAUUUAUCAGGAUCCGCUGUCAAUGAAGCAUCUCUUCGCAUCUUAAUCCAUAGUGACCCCUACAAGACUUCACCCCAACCAACAGGAGCCGCUCAAAAACGCAAGAGACCGAUGGCAACCACUGAUGGUCGUAAAGGAAAGCGCCAUGCAGGUGCUGAGGGCAUUGAUGGCGCUGACGUUGAGGAUAAUGAAGACGAUGAUGCAUAUGAGGAUAUGAAUGCAAAAAUGCUUAGAUUUAGAUCGGAGGCUGUAGGCGAAAACAAAAGUGAAUAUUAUCAAUGGGAGAACACUCAUGACGAACCACCUUCAGCAACUGGGUCCAAACAGGGAUCCAAGAUUCAGUUCCCAUUCUUCCUUGAGCGUUUGAUCUUGAAUGGCUGUAGCCGUCUAACUGGGAAAGCAUGCGCAGCCGUCGUCCCUCUUUUAGGUCCUCAACUCAAGUCCUUGCAGCUUGAAUCCGUACCCAAAGUGACCAAUCCGGAUGUCACCACCAUAUUCGAACAUUGCCCCAACCUCACUCGCGUGAACUUAGCUGGUGCAAAGAUCACUGACGAUUUCCUCAAACUCUUGGGCGACCCCAAUAGCAAUCUCCACAGGAGUAUGGAAUAUAUGGAUGUGAACCAGGUCCGGGUCACGGACCAAGGUUUGGUACCCCUCAUUCGAGCCAGUCAGAAGACGCUGAAAUCAUUCAGUUGUGAGAGUAAUCAUGCUGUAACUGAUGAGAUCCUGGUUGCAUUCGUGGAAGAUCCUGCCUCGGUUAUGAACCAUAAUGGUGUUGUCUUCGAUCAACCGAGGAGUGUCGAAGAACUAAUCAAGCUCGAGACCGUGCCCAAUAAAGCAUUACGGCAUAUCAAUCUCCGCAACUGCAACAAGUUAACGGACGAGGGCAUGGCCAUCCUCCUCAAACAAACCAUCAUGGUUCAAUCCGUGGUGUUGGAAAAAACUCGGGCUGGGGAUAAUGCCUUGCUAGCAUUGGCACAAUCGUCCAGGACAUAUAUGGAGACAGUUCUCGGUGUGGGUACGCCCGAAGCAUGGCAUAAUCAUGCAAGUCUUAGUGAGCUCAAGCGAGGGUAUGUGGAAGACUCUAAAGCAGCAAAAGCAGCGGCGGAAAGAGAAAGGGAACUGCUCAAGACGUCUAACCAACCCACUACUGAGAGCAUGGUGUUCAAAGGAGACACCAUCAAAGGAGGUUUAGAUUUGCUCUCGCUCAAGGGCUGCAAGAACGUUACCAACAAGGGUGUGCGCGCUAUUGUUCGAUCAUGUAUUAGUAUCCGUGGACUGAUUCUUUCACAUUGCCCCAGAGUAUCAUUGGAAUUCUUUCGAGGGCCUUGGGCUGCUGGCAAGCAUCUAGAGUUCUUGGACCUUGCUACGGUUUCAUUGGAGGUCACUUCGACACAUCACAAGGAAACCAAUGAAGAGUAUUUCGAUAGCUUGAGGUUCCCAAUAGAGUUUGCGUCGGAAAGAGAGAGGGGCGACAAGGACUUGGAUGAUAAUGGAGGCGCCGAUUAUAUAACUCUGAGCGAGAAACCACAAAGAAAACAAUGGGUUUGUAUCAGGGAUACCAGACCACCCCAUUUCAACACACCGAGGGAACGUACCGUCCUCCGAAAUUUCUACCACAAGCUCGGUACGAUGAGUAAGCUCCGAGAACUGGACACGUGUGAUGGCGAUUACCGUAUCCGAGUCAAGGAUGGUCUUGACCUUGUGUUACCAGCUUUACAGCAGUCCUUAGUAACCUGGAACAUGGUUCGUAGACUCGGUUAUUGUGUUGGCGGUCGUGAACUCGUCUGGUUUGGGAAGCACUUUGGCUAUGGCUUUGACUUCACUGCCAAGGAUACCGAGCGCCAGAAACAGGAAGCACAAGUCAGAGAGGGCAAGAAGAAGCGUAUCUCCAAGCUACAGCGCAUCACUGUAAGGGAUCAUUCGACCGAAGGAAUCGAUGGUGACAUAUAUGACUGGUUCAUAAAUCAAGGGAUCUCGCUUGACGAGGAUGACCAGUUUAAUAUUGAUAUGAUGCAUAAACAGACGAUGAAAUUCGAUUUUAGCAUGUAAAAAAAAAAAAAAAAAAAA